CGUGCUCCUCCCCUCCCGCCCUGGGGCUUCCGCUUCCGGUUCCGACUGAUGCUGCCGCCGUAACGAUGAUCGGAGACAUCCUGCUGUUCGGGACGCUGCUGAUGAACGCCGGGGCGGUGCUCAACUUUAAGCUGAAAAAGAAGGAUACACAGGGCUUUGGGGAGGAGUCAAGGGAGCCAAGCACAGGGGACAACGUCCGGGAGUUCUUACUGAGCCUCAGAUACUUCCGAAUCUUCAUCGCCCUGUGGAAUGUCUUCAUGAUGUUCUGCAUGAUUGUGCUCUUUGGCUCCUGAGCCCCAGAUACGGAACCAGGAACACACCUUCCCAGAUGUCAAGUCUCCUUCCCUCCGUUCCUGAUGACUUCAAGAAUGUUUUUGACUGGAAAACCAGUGACCUUCCCAGAAAGCCCAAGCUCGUGGUGGGUGG